GAUUCGCGUCCUCCUCCGCAUGUCACGCACUGCGAAGACAAACAUGCCGCCCCCACCUCCGGGCCUUUCUCUCCUCGACCCCGCCGUUGCACAACUCGAACACUUCGAAUAAGAGCUCACGUCCGUCCCGCCCGCCAGACAAGAUCAACUACAACACGUCCCUCUCCUUCACCGAGGACCCCGGUGAAUAUGUCAACUACCGGACCGUCACCGCCAACGAGCUCAGCGCCUCGUCUGCUCCGCCGACGCGCGUCAAGAUGCUCGUGCGGGACUACAUCGAGGACGCGCUCUACAACCCGCAUUACGGCUACUUCUCCCGCAAGGCGCAGAUAUUCACGCCGCCAGGCGGCUCGCACUUUGACUUUGGCGCGUACAAGGACAGCACCCAGUUUGAGGUCGCCGUGGCGAAUCGCUAUGUGGAGUUGACUCAGGGCGACAAGCGUGCGGGCGGGAAGCAGUUGUGGCACACGCCGACGGAGCUGUUCAAGCCAUGGUAUGGUCAAGCUAUUGCUCAGUGCUUGGUCUCGGAAUAUUUGCUCAAGUACUUCCCCUAUGAAGACUUGGUCAUCUACGAGUUAGGUGCCGGAAACGGGACGCUUGCUGAAGACAUUCUCGACUUCAUACGGGUGCAGUAUCCGGAAGUGUACGAACGCACGCGGUAUACAAUCAUUGAGAUUAGCACGAGCUUGGCAAGACAGCAGAGACGGAGAUUGUACAACAAGCACAAGAGUAUACAGGUCAUCAACAAGAGUAUAUUCCACUGGGACAAGCGCGAAGAGUCUCCAUGUUAUGUUGUAGCCAUGGAAGUAGUGGACAACUUCGCCCAUGAUGUUGUGCGGUAUGACCUCCAUACCCUAGAACCCUACCAGGGUCUGGUAGCCAUCGACGAGUAUGGCGACUUCAACCCCUUCUACUCGAAACUCACCGACCCUACCAUCCGCUCAUACCUGUCACUACAACGCGAGCUUGGAUAUCCUCCGUCUCUUGGGCGCCUACUUGGCGUCCCCAUCCUCCGCAAAGCCUUCGCCAACAUGCCGUUCGCGCCCAACAUGUCCACACCGGAAUACGUGCCCACGCGGCUGUACUCGCUUGUCCGCGUGCUGCGGGACCAUUUCCCGCGGCACCGGCUCCUGCUCUCUGACUUUUCGUCGCUUCCCGAUGCAAUAGAAGGCGUCAACGCGCCGGUCGUGCAAACACGGUUGGACGGCACGAUGGUCCCGUGCACGACUUUAUUCGUCACACCGGGCUACUUCGACAUCAUGUUUCCGACGAAUUUUGAGCAGUUGCGGGACAUGUAUGAGCAUGUACUCUCGCAGCCGUACAUAGCCGGCUGGGGGGCAGAUCUGGACUCGGACGCCAGCGAGACGCCGUCCGACGCGUCGUCACCACGUUCGCAAUCACCAGGGGUGUUGUCAGGAUACUUCUCGUCGUUCCAUCCGGCAUCGAGGCGGAUACCGAUGGACGGGAUCGCGUCGGCGAGCGGGCUGCCCGUGGGCGAGCGCAAGUCGAGCGUGUUCACGCACGCCGAGUUCCUCCAGACGUACAGCGAUCUCAGCCGUACACAGCUCCGGAGUGGGGAGAACCCGAUGGUCGACUUUUACAAGAAUGUCAAAUUUUUAUUCUAAUAUCAC